CACCACACACUCCUCCCUCAACUUUGUCCCUCCAGCCACGCACACACUGUUAGAGCUACUGUUUCUCCGCCGCGGUUAGGACACUAAAGCGGCCUCGGGUUUUUAAACUGUUUUGUGAAAGUCUGCAGUCCGACUGUGGACAAAAGCGAGUCCUGGGCGAAGAAGAGGAGAGGAAACCACGCUUGUGUAGUGAUUUUAUUACUGCGUCGCCACAGGACACAGAUGAUGGAGACCAAACUCUGGAUUGCCCUUUGCGCGCUUCUAGCGAUUUACUUGGGAUCCGCUGUACACGCUGAUGGGCAUACUCCUACCCCUUCUUCAAAAACUACUCCUAGUACUGUUCAAGCUACAGGGGCUCCAGUUCUGAACCAUGUGUCUAGUUUGGGCCCGGAUGCUGCCAAUCAUUCAGGGAGCAGCCCAGCGACAAACACAAGUUCCAAUGGCACAGUCAAUGUGAGCAGUAGCACAACUACAGAAAAUACAAGGAUCACCAUCAUAGCCGAACCAGGGAAAGAUAAUGUAACCGACAACGCCAUUAAGACCACAUUAGCAAAAAAUGAAAACAUCACAAAUACGACACUUUCCCCUUCUCAGAGCAGCCCCACCACAGCUGCUCCCAUUAAUAUCGGCACCACACACGUACUGCACACUUCUGCAGGUGCACCGGUCACCCCGACUCCCUCAUUAAAUCAAAACGCAUCACACCAUGAGACCAAAGCACCCCCUGCUACUUCUGCCCCAGCAUCGGAACCAACAAAGCCUGAAUCUAUCACUAACGCCACCACCACCAAGUCCAACACAAAUUCCAGCACCGCCUCCGUCCAAAAGGCCUCCACUUCCCAGCCAACGUCAAACACUUCACAGUCCAACAGACAGUCCACCCAGCCGAGCAUCCAGACCAGCUCCCACACCAACAACCCAUCAGAGCUCAACGUGAACGGGGACGGGACGGCCCAGAACUCUCCUGGAUUAGACCCCCUCCUGGCUGGUCUGGUAUCAGCCUUCAUCGUUGCUGCUGUCAUCAUCACUCUGCUCCUCUUCCUCAAACUGCGCCGAAGAGGCAACGGGCCGGAGUUCCGCAGGCUGCAGGACCUACCUAUGGAUGAUAUGGAGGACACACCUUUGUCCAUGUACAGCUACUGAUGAAGGCACAAUAGGAUGUUUGAUGUCCAAAUACCCUCGCAGAUUCCAGAAUCAGGCCACUGUGGUUGGUGAAGUUGGUCUCUCUUCCUUAAUCUGCACCAAACAGAAAGAAUCCUGGGUAGGUGUAAGCACAUUUCUGGAUUGCUUUAAGUUACCCAGAUCAUUGGCAAAAGGAUCCGAUUGAAACUGCAAUGGACAAUGAAGAAAAUAUCCAUGAUGUUGCCUUUUGGAUUUUUUUCCUAAAUUUGUCUGUUAUCACAAGUGUUCCCAAUUUUUCAUCCAUCCAUUCAUUCAUUUGUUCAUUACUGUAAACUUUACAUUAUUCAGCCCAUCUAAGGUUGCUGGGGUUGUGUAAUAUAUUUGAUUUCUCUAGAAUUGAAAAUAGGUUGUUUCAAAGCAGAAGAUCAUCUGACAUGGCCAUCGACUGAGCCUCUCCUACUGUGGCUCACUGGUUUAAUGUUGCUUUACCAGUUAAAGUCUGGCAGAAAUAAAGGCCAGCAAGCUAAAGAGAAGAAAUAAACAACACAAACCACCUGAUUAUAUUGUUAACAAGGUUGCACUUUACUUUUUUGAGGAGUGGAGAUUAAAAAACAUAAGUAGAAGAAUUUUCUGUGUAUUAAAGAUAAGGUUUUUGUGUACAUAGGCAGCAUAGCUGGGUGAACGUUUGUGUGUGCAAGUGUGUUAAAGAGGCAUGGGAGGUUUUAUUUAACUUCUUUUUUUUGUUACCUUAAUGGUUUUGCUGGCUUUUUUGCCUGAUUUUGAUAUGUGCAGUGUUUUAAGUCCAGGAGAGAGUGCCUUACACAGUACACGAACAGCUUUUAAUGUAUAUUGUUUUCAUAUUCCACAAAAACUAAUUUCCAGAUUAAGUAGGCAUUCCCAGUAACCAUUUAAACACACGCUCUGAGGGCCAAGUGGCUGCUAGGAGUCGUCUGUGUUUGAAGAUAAGCCUCAGGCAUGUUCACCGUAAGGCACUCUUUCAUACAAUGACAGACUGAUGUGCGUUAGUGGCCUUUCCACACAAUGUUUUUCAUUUUCCUGUGUAUUGUAAAUACUACUGAUCUGCAUCAAGCAAAAGAAUACGGAUAUAAAACACGUGGGGGAAAAAAUAUAAUGGGUGGAAAUGUGACAAACAGGACAACUGAAUCGCCCACAAUGACACAAAACACAUUUUAACUACUCUUUAUUUAGAAAAAAACAAAAACAAACAUUGUCCACUGAUACAAGUUAAAUUCUGGUUUAAAUCAUGCUGAUAAGUUUGAGCUACAGCUGUGUUUGUAGUUUAGUAUUUGUGCCACCGAAAAGGAAAAUGAAAGAAAAUUUGUGUCAGGCCAUAAAAGAUUCAGUGGUCUUUGGCAUAAAUUCUACACUUUUAAUUCUCAUCAAUCCUCAAACUCAUUCCUUUAUUUGGUGAGAGUAAUGGUUAUGCUAUAACCAUUUAAAAAGAUCUAAUGUAUAAGUCAGUCAUCAUUUUUAAGUCCUGUAUUGUCGGUUUCUGUAAAAACGAAUGCCGAAUGCUUUUCCUGAGGCUUUGCUGCCAGAUGUGAAUUAUUGGAUUGUUGGUGAUUUAUGAUUAAAGAUAUUUUGAA